UUGAUCGUCGUGCUUAUGGCUAGUGGAGCUGAAGAGAACGUCUUUCUGGCACAGUUGACUUCUGAAGGGGCAAGGUCUCCUAAUGGAGAGAAUAUCUUUAAAUGUGAUUUCAAAUUUGGACCUAAUGAGAUUACUCCAAUGGGGUUAAGACAGCACUAUCUUGUCGGAUCAGAUUUGGCAACCAAUUAUGCUUCCAACCUUAAAUUGGAUAACAUCUAUAGUCCAUGGCAAGUAAAUGUGAGAAGUACUAAUCAUAACAUGACUUUGAUGGCUGCUCAAGCAGAAUUGGAAGCAAUCUUCCCUCCUAACACUAGACCUGACUUGACAGCAAAUCAAGCUGGACUAGCUGUACCUCCAGGUGAUAAUGGAAUCAUUGACUCUGAAAUUAAAGCACUUAAAAAUAAGAUUAUGCCAUUAAACUUCCAAACUCUACCAAUCCAUGCUAUGGAUUUCCAUAAAGAUACUGUUCUUAUGGGUGAAUGGUGUCCUGAAAUCUAUCAAAAGAAUGAAAAAAAUGUAAAAGAUUCUGAAUGGCAGAAGCAAAUAGAAGAGAAAUAUGCUGAUGCUCUCACUAAAUUCAGGACUUUCAUGGAGAAGGAUGACCUCACUAUUCAUCAAAUCUACUCUCACAUUGAUGCUCUAAAUGCUUGCUCCUUUAAUCUUGAUACUUUCUCUAAAGAAAUUGAUUCUGUUAAGAGUCAACUUCUUGCUUUUGGAUUUGAUUACUUGGAACAAUACUGGAGUUCAGAAGAGUCCAGAAAAAUUUUCGUUCACGGAUUCUUCACUGAUUUACAAAGAUAUUUGGAAGAUGCAAAGAAGCAAUAUGAUGAUUCUAAUGUUGAUAACUAUAAUAAGAUGAAGCUAGGACUUUACUUUGGAACUGUUGAGACUACUUAUGUUAUCUCAAGACAUCUUGGAUUCAAUCACCAGCAACUCCCUCAAUUCGCUUCUCAGUUGCUAGUUCAUUUGAAUAAAGAUUCUGAAAAGGGAUAUCUAGUAUCAAUUGAAUACAAUAAGGAACUACUAAAGCUUGGAGGAGAAUGCAAGGAUCAAACCUCAUGCGAAUAUACCAGCUUUAAUUCCUUGGUAUCAGAAAUUGUUGCUGAAGCAAACUUACUUAGUAGUUGUUCAUCUCCUAAACAUACUCUUUUGCUUAGUGAGAAUCAGAGCGCCCAAUCAAACAGAUCAUUCACCCUGCAUUUCAUUGUAGCUGUAUCUAUCCUUGGAUUCAUCUCUCUUAUUAUUGGAGGAUUCCUCGGACAUAAGGCAGCUCAGCAUGAAAAUAAGAAGAGAAGAAUCCAUGUCAGAGAAUCGGACCCAGAAGCUUUAUUGAGCUAA